AUGAGUGCUGAGCCUUGGUCGCAACUCACCCCCUUCCCAGCCGAGCAGCAGACGCGCAAGGAGGAGAGAGCCUCAACACUUCCGGUCUCUCCGCUCUGCACGACAGCGAUCGUUUCCCUGUUUGAAUUUGGCGCCCGGCGGUUCGCUGAUGUCACGUGCCAGUCCGGACCAGUGAAACGCAGCAGUAGGCGGGGCAAGGCGGGGCGGACCAAUGGGUGGCUGCUAAGUGGGAUAAGGCUCUGCCUGGCCACCUGUAAGGAGUCCGGUUUGCUUGAGCUGGAAGAGGAGGUGUGCCCACAAUUUGAAACAACUAAGUCAUUGGUUUUGAGUGUGUGUCAGAAGAAGAAACGUGGUUCUCACAAGCCCCAGAAUCAGGAUGCCAAGUAUGGCUUGCUUCAUGCAGAGGGUGCUUGUCAAAGAGCUCUGGCCUGCAAGUUUCCUCCCUUAAUUUUUGAGAAUUCAGAAGUAUGUGCAGUCCAGUCCGCAGAUGCGCUGAGUCACUCAAGGAAGAACACAGAGCAUUCUCACAGCCAGCACAAGAAAGGGACUGCAGCAAAAGCCAACAUCCAGGUGAAUGGUUCUGAGAACUGUAGUGAAACACCAUCGUUACUUGUUUCUCAGCCUGUAGAGCCGGAAGUCUUCAGUGCACUAGAUACGGGGACUCCACAGUUGCCUUGUGUAAGGAACUGGAAAUGCAGCAGCACUCAGCCACAAACCAGUAGUCAUGCUGAGUUAGUGUCCGGUGUCAAUCCCAGUGGGAGGGGACAAUUGGCAGCAACGCUGGUUAUGGAUACUCCUGAGCGUGAGUAUGGAAUGGUCACCUGGAGGCAUCGGCCUCAUCUCCUGAAGUACCUGAGAGACAGAGGGAAGUUGAGUACUGCUGACAUACCGGUGAAAGCAGACCUUGAACUCUAGAAGACAGGAUGACUUGAUUUGGCAAAACAAUUUUAUGUGCAAGGACAUGCUUAAAUACAAAAUGCUCUUUUCAAGAAUAAAGAGGGGCGAUAUCUUACGCCAUACAUUG